AAUAUUUAUUUAUAUAUUUAUUAGAAUCUUAAACUCUACAUUCCAAAACUCUUUCUCACUCCUCAACUCUAAACUUUAAGUCUAGAUCAUUAGUUAAACCUAAGUUAUAAGUGUCUUUUACCUUUUAAAAAUGAGGAUAAAACUGGUUGAGGUAAACAUUAAAAUUGGUAUUAGGAAGGUGGUAUUUUAGGCAGUUUUCUUAAAAUUAUAUCAAUUUUAUCAAAUAUAAAUUAGAAUAAUUUGUAUUAAAUACUCCUUCCGUUACAGAAAGAUCCCACUUUCUAGAAAAAAAUUUGUUUCAAAAAGAUACAUUUUUUACCUUUUCAAUGUAUUAUUUAAUGAAAAAUUGUAAAUUUCACAAAAAGUAAUGGUGUUUAUUGGAUUUCUAUUGUCUAAAAGUUAUGGAAAAUUGUUACUCACAAAAAACAAUGCAUUUACAAUCAAGUUUUAAUGUGUUUUUUUAAUAUAUGUGAAAAGUUUAAAAUAUGUAUCUUUUUGAAACGGAGGGAGUAUAUUAUUAUAUUCAGAAAAUGAUUUAUUAAUUUAAUUUUCCAUAUCUAGUUUUAAUGUCGCAUUGCAUCACCACCUACUUUACAUUUAGGCUCCGACUGGUAACCUUUCUGAAAACAGGAGGAAUGAAUAGGAAAUGAAUUUAGAGGAAUAAAAUAGUAGAAAUGAAAAAAAAUGUUUGUUCCUUCCCAGAUUUAUCAAGAAAUAAUAUUGUUCUUUAUUCCUCCACAAAAAAAAAAGAAUGAGAAUGAAUGAGAAAAAUUUGUUUCCUAAUUUAUGAAAAAAUAAAUAAUUUGUAACUCUAGAGGAAACCAAUAAGCAUUUCCACGUCGAUGAACACAUAUCAAAUACAUGCAUUCAACGUAACAUUCGUAUUACUAUUUAGUCAUCCCUUCAAAUAUAUUUACAUUUUUGUUAAUAUCUAUAAAUAGGGAACCAAGUUCAUUCUAACAACCCACUCCACUGCAAUGGCUUUCUCUAAUAAGCCUCAUUGCAUAUUGAUUUUUAUGAUCUCAUUUUUCAUUCUUACUCUUUUUGUUUCAGCGUUAGAUGUCUCAGAUGUUGUGGCGGAAGCACCAGGACCAGGAUCAGGCGGUGACAGCUUCUUUCCUCUAUCAAAAAAGCAUGUUAUAAUCCACAACGUUGUAAAGAACAGACAAACUCUGAAUGUACAUUGCAAAUCUGAUGACGAUGACUUGGGGUUGAUCCAUAUUCCUUGGAAUCAUUACUGGGGUUUCCGAUUUCGUGUUAACAUUUGGAGCACUACAAUGUUUCGUUGCCAUUUUACGUGGUACGGAGGGGGAUCUCACCUUUUUGUAAUAUUCGACCCAUGGAGAGACGAUGAUGAAUUUGCAGCGUCUCCAGCCUGCGAUAAAUGUCUUUGGCAGGUGAGAAGACAGGAUGGAGACGAAGCUAUAUGUCGUAUAGAGGGAGGUUCAGAUCCUUAUUGUUUCCCAUGGCUCGAUAAUGUGUAAGAAAAAGAAAAGAUUGUUGUUAUCACUAUGUCAUCUAAGAAAAUGUUACCAUCGUAAUAGAUUAUAAUAAAAUAAUAUUAUUGAUAAUUGCUUAAAA